AUGAGCUUUGUUUUCCGAGGGACUAGAGCAGAUGUAGAAUCUGGAUUUCCAGGAUUUAUUCCUGAGAGGCGUGCUGUGCGUGUUCAUGCAGCUCGACCAGUUAAUACCAACUCACUUGCUUUUCUAGUCACAGUUCUGUUGCUGUUCAUGAUCCUAAACUCACACCAAUUGUCACCUAAUUUUCUGCUCUGGCUGGUACUUGGUGUCUUUUUGAUGGCAACAAGCCUUAGGAUGUAUGCAACUUGUCAGCAACUGCAAGCACAGGCCCAAGCUCAUGCAGUUGCAGCAAGUGGCCUUCUUGGUCACACUGAGUUGCGGUUGCAUAUGCCACCAUCCAUAACACUUGCAACAAGAGGUCGAUUGCAAGGUCUUAGGCUCCAACUUGCACUUCUUGACCGGGAAUUUGAUGAUUUAGAUUAUGAAACUUUGAGAGCACUGGAUGCCGAUAAUGUUCCCACAGCUACUUCAAUGACUGAGGAAGAGAUAAAUUCUCUUCCAGUUCAUAAAUACAAGGUUGCUGGCCCUCAAAGUACUGGCUCACCAAUGCACCAGGCUUCAUCUUCAGCGAUAGCUGAGGCCAUCAAGGAUUUGGUGAAUGAUGUCAACUUCGACUGCUCGGCCACUGGAUUUUCUUUGCUGGCCAUGGACUCAUGCCAUGUGGCAUUGGUGACUCUGUUGCUCAAAUCAAAGGAUUUGAGCAUUACCACUGUGACCUUGUGUACAAUCUCCUUGGGCAUAAUGUAUCUUUGUGCUGGUUUUCUUAACAGUACUGGCUCACCAAUGCACCAGGCUUCAUCUUCAGCGAUAGCUGAGAAGAAGCAAGAGACUAUCAAUGGGAGCAUAAAAGCCUCGGACGAUGAUCUGACUUGCAGUGUUUGCUUGGAGCAAGUUAAUGUGGGAGAACUUAUCCGUAGCUUGCCAUGCUUGCAUCAGUUCCAUGCUAAUUGCAUUGACCCGUGGCUCCGGCAGCAGGGGACAUGCCCUGUUUGUAAAUUCAAGGCUGGGUCAGGAUGGCAUGAGAAUGGACUUACAGAUAUGGAUGCAUCUUACAUGGUGUAA